AUACAACCUUGACUGAGCUCCAUAGCCUUUGUAGGGUAGAGUGGGGUUAACUGAACAGGUAGGUUAACUGAACACAUCGAUGUUCCUGCCAUCUAGUAAUGAUAAAUUAAACUUGAUUUUGCUGCUGAAAGCGUCUUUUGUUACGUGUGUUGACACUGUUCGGUGCAGAUUUUUUAAGUCGGUUCUAAUCUCGUAAAUCAGCAAACAUAUUUUUAAUGGCCGCCACGUAAAAUUUGUGCUCCCAAGUUUUUUUGUGUUACAGUUAGCAAAAUACAGUUUUUAAAUUGGUUUGACGUAUAUUUUGUUCAAAUAUGCCAAGAAAAAGACUACGUACUACCAAUAACAGAUCAUAUAGUGUAGCAGAUCUUAGACAAGCAUGUGAAGAAGUCCUGACACAUGGUCGAACAACUCGAAGUGUUGCACUUCAGUUUAAAAUCCCAGAAUUACUUUAAAAAGCAACGAUUUACUGGUCAAAAACAGAGUUUAAAUUUUGAUGGGUCCAGUUAACCCCACUCUACCCUACA